CAGAAUCAGUUCGUUGUCGUCAGUCAGUCAGAUUAGUUCGGUCUCUUUUGCGAAUAAUUCCAGAACCACAGAACACAAACACCUCUUCUACAUCCAAGCACCACACACAGCCACAACGAAUUGGAACGCAUUGCAAAAAAAUAUAAGAAGAAAAAAUAAGAAGAAAGAAAAAAGAGCAGCAGCAACGAAAGUUAAACACACACAAUAAAAUUAAGACAAAUUCAAUUUCAUCACGAGGCAAGAGUUGAAGUGUGCGUGUGUGUGUCUUUGAUUUGUGUGUGCUUGUGUGUGCGCCGCGUGUGUGUCUCGUGUACCCUCGUGUGAGUGUGUUUGUCUUGCCUCUGUGUGUCCAAGUGGCGCGUCCUUGGAGCGAGCCAGCCUACCAUACAACUUGCAACUCUUUCUGAAGCCCCCCCUUCCAAAAAAAAAGCAGGCGCCGCACAAGGAUACCCAAGGCAAUUACAAGCAACAACAACAGCAACAGCAGGAGCACCAGCAGACAGCAGACAGCGGCAACAGUGAGUUCAGCUGCAGCAGCAAGCAGAGUAACCGCAACCUCAACCAGAACGACGACCACAAGCUGAAGCUGAAGCUGAAGCAGAACCAGGCCAACAACGCAGAAAAUCAAUUUUCGUGAAAAUACAUAAAUUGCAACGAAAAAAAAACGUACUUUCAAAAGCGAGCGAGCGAUCGAACAAGCGACAAGCGAAAAAGUGUGAGUGCAACAACAAGAACAGCAACAACAACAGCAACAACAGCAGCAGCGGCAGCGGCAGAAGAAGUCAACAGAAUUGCCAUCUCCAUCAACUGCUACCUCUGGUCGUCCUCAGCCGCCAUGCUGGACUAGCACACGCCUGUUGUUGUAUCUGCUGACGAUACACAAUACUACAAGCAAAGCAAAAGCAAAAACAAAAACAAAAACAGAAACUGAAAAUCACACAAACAAAGAUACAAGAACCAACAACAAGAACCUAAACAACAAAAUCGGGCUUGCCUCGCUGGUUAGGCCUGUCUGUGGAGGAGGUGCAACGGGGGCCAAAACACAACAACAACAACAAAACACACACAUACUAAACGACGCAAGGGUCUCGGCAACAACUCAAUAACAAUAGCAGCAGCAAUAGUAGUCAAAGCAUCCGCAGCAGUCGCAGCAGCAGCAACGACAACAACAAAAACAACAACAGCAGCAGCAGUAGCAGAACUUCAAUACUUCGCAAUCGCAUACAAAAUCGCAUCGUGUGUUCGUCUUCGUAUCGGAUAUCGGCCUGCCUCCAUUCAUGAAGGCCUAACCAACAGAAGCUGACAGACAAAAAAAAAGACACAAAUUAUAUCAGAGACCCAAAAAUAACUACGGCAAGGAAAAACCAAACAACAACUAACAAAAUCUCAAUAACAACUUAUUAAAAAUAAAUAUUACAAAUUACUCAAGAACAAAUUUUUGAAAUUCACAAAUUCGAAAAGCACUCGACAACAACAAACAAGAACAAAAAUUUAUAAAUAAUAAAAGAGCAUCUGUGAUUCGCAUAUAAAAAUAAUAAUUAUAAAAUAAAACUUAUUUUCAUACUGCACGUUUUUUUCCAAAACUAAACUAAACAAAAAUAACAAAUUAUUUAAAAACAAAUUUUGAAAAAAUAUAUAACCAACAUUUGCCAUAACUAUAAAAUUUAAAAAGCUCAAAUAUUAAUUAAAGCAGCACAACGGAUUGGUAAUAAAGGGAUUGCCAGCACCGCAGCAACCACAGCAGCAGCAGCAGCAGCUACAGCCACAACAACAACAACCGCAACAACAACAGCAGCCGCAACAGCAACAAAUUCAUACAAGGUCAACGGAAUUAAUAUUUUAAAUGGAAAUCAUUCCUGAAGGUAGACACUUUCGUUUGGUGCAUGAAUCAGAGCUUCCAGAAAUUUUGGUAACUUUAGAACGCUAUCUGCCGGAAUCAUUAAAGUUUCAUCAAACCAUUAAAACGUACCUGAAUGAUCGUAUUUGGGAUUUCAAGUUUUAUGUUGCUAAAGAUUGGCCCGAAAAACCGAUAAUAUUACAUUUUCCAGGAUGCACGCUUACGCCCUACAACAAUAUAUACCAAGCUUUUGGCAUAUUUUGUCCAUCCGCACAAAUCGAGCAUGUCGAUCUGAUGCGCACCGAAGAUGUACUUAUAGAUUGGCAGAAGCCAUUGUACCUGAACUUUACGCACAUCGCAAUUAUGAAUCGCCUGGAUGAUUUCUAUUCGAAAAUUGGGCUGAUGGAGCGACUAAGUGGUGAUAUCUAUGUGUGUAACAAGCUCAACACGGACCUCGAGCUUGACCCGUUGCCCGACGAUGCAGAGAUGCGACUGCUGACACUCGACAAUGUCCAGGGCAUACACGAUUUAUAUCCGGCCAAUGAAAUCGAAUGCGUCAAAUUGUUUGAUAUACUCGUGCGUGUGCUGCCCGGUUUGGGAAUCUUUCGCAAGGAUACCAACGAGCUGGCCGCAUGGAUGGUCCAUUCAUACUAUGGCGCAAUGUUUUCGAUGCAAACACGUCCAGACUAUCGACGCAUGGGUUAUGGCAUCCGUCUGGCCAAAGCGUUGACGCAGCUUGUGAUUGAGCGCGGCUACACACCGUUUGUUGUGAUACGUCCACAUAAUGAUGCCUCGAGGAAUCUGUAUACGAAACUGGGCUAUGUCAAGGCAUACGAGACAUGCCGCGUCCGCAUGACCCCCGAUUGCUAUGAGGACAGCACUGUGGGCACCAUCAGUAACACAUCCUAUGCCAAGUUUCCGCCGCUACCUCAGGCCAACGACGACGACGAGUGUGUCGUCCAGCUGCGUCGUGUGAAGCAAGUACCCGGCGAGAGUCAGACUGUUGACGACGAGGGCAUCGAGGAUAUGUUGGCUGAAAAAUGUGAUAUCAGCAACGAUGAGGCUAGAGAGCGUAAGACCACAACUGAUGAGGGCAUCGGCGAGGAUAAGUAGAACAAAAACAAAACAAAAAACACAUAAAACACAAAAAAAAAAAAACAAAACAAAAACAAAGCGGCUCCAAGAGCUUUGCGCCCCCCUCAAUAACAGAGAGUUACAGAUUGAACGAUUGAAUGCUAUAUAUACACUUAUAGAUAUGGAUGAUACGAAAAAGAAGAAAACGGAGAUAUAUGGAAUAUGUAUGUAUGUAAAGUUGUAAGCACCUAGAUGUAGGCACCUUUAGGGGACAGGACAGGAUUGUGACGUCGCGUCGUGUCGAUUCAACUCGAAACAUUGCAAGGCACAAGUGGCGUUAAUUUUUUAACAAUUAUAUUAAAAGCUAAACAAAACACAAAUGAAUAAGAAACCGAAACAAAAACAGAACCGAACAGAACAGAAGUUUAUAAAGUAUCUACAUAGUAUUUACAUUUAUCUAUGUACGAGUAUAUUUAUAGAUGGUAAAUGAAGCUUCCUCACACAAAAGCGCAGCGUGUUUUCAGUACGAUCAAUUUGCUAAUCGAGACGAAUGUUAGUCAGAAAAUGAUUUAUUUUAUAUACAUUAAAAACAAUUGAAAACUAAAUACAAAAAAAAAAAAAAAAACAAAAGACAUAGGUGAGUCCAAUGAAUUCUACGUAAUGAACUAAACAAAAAUAAUAAAGGAAUAAAAUGUACACCACGGAGAACACGCUGGAGAUCCGAUUUUAGAAAAGAACAAACACAAAUAAUGAAAGAAAUUUUUAAUUUUUUGCUAAAAAUGCUUUUACAAAAUGAAAUCCAACAAUUGUAGCAAGACGAUGACGGCUAAGUGCGAAAUAAAAACAAAAUCAAGGAGCGUAUAAAUUUAUUAUAAACUAUAUAUAUAAAUAUAUCUAUAUAUCAAAUUGUUAAAAAAACACACACACACACAAAAACAAACUAACACGACAACAACCAACUACAAAGAUAAACAAAAAUAACUUCUCUAUGGCUCCACGCAAACUCAGAACAGGUAAAUCAAUUAUGUAAAAUGAUAAAACGGUUUUGGUACCAAAUAUUUUACGAUACUCGUACACUUCUCUAUUUAUGGGCCAUGUACAACACUCUACUCCCUCCCUACAAAUCUUUAUAGUAACUCUACUUAGCUUUUGACGAUUUCAAUUUAAUAUUUUAUUUGAUUGUACUCAAAUGAACAUCUCAAUUAGCGUGGCCCAGGCGAGACAAUGCUUUGAUUUUGAAAAUACAUUUGGAUUUAUAGGCUUUUUCAAAUUUAUAUAUAUACCCAAAAUGACAAACAAAAACAAAAGCGUAACAAAAUGAAGAACAAAAAAAAAACACAAAUAUAUAUUUUACUAUUAUGAAAUUUUAUUAAACUAUAUGCAAAAAGAGUACUUAAUGAUUUUUUGCUCCUACAUAAAAUAAAUAUUUUUUAGCCGAGAAAGAAACAAAUGAAUGAAUGAAAAUAAAAACACGCCAAAGAUGUCUUCUGCUUUAUUUUAAGUACGUACUUAUUAUGCAAAGGUAGGAAAUAAUUAAUAACCAUGGCUACAACUUGAUUACACAAAACUGCAAAAAGUUUCUCAAAUCGUUGAUCGCCGAGUAAUAAUUCAUUUUUGCCUUUGCCUAUUGACAAUUUUCCAUUAUGAAAACUCAAAAAAAUAUACGCAAAAAAUCAAAUUAAAAAUGACAAAAUGAAAACUAAAAGAAAAAUUAAAAAAAAAAACAAACAAACAAAACAAAAAAGAA